AGUCUGGUCCCACAAUACGUCAUGCGCGUCUUGUUCCUACUCUGCGGGCUGUUCCUGACUGUGGCCAUCGAUUCGACAGGCAGGCACGUUCUGAGAGAGGAAGAUUUCGGGCGAGAACAUAGUCGCCAACUUUUAGAUAUAGCAGUCCGAGAAUGCAACCGCUACGAUAACGACCCUUUCUGGAGUAAAUUAGAAUCCAUAUUGGAAGGCACAAAAAGGCACCAGGUGAAUGGGAUCGUUGAGUACCGUUUCAAACUACGUCUGCGAGUCACAAAUUGUCCACUAGGAGUUCUUCUUUCUGAGAAUUCGAAACAGCCAGAAUACUUCUGUGACAGCACCCAAGAUCCGUAUCGCUUACUCUGCACAGUACGUGUGCGCGAGCACGUGGAGGAGGGUAGAAAGCCGGAAAUCACUGUGGACUCAGUAUGGCAUUGGUAUCCCGAAAAGGAAGCGUAUACUGCAACCUUCAAGAUGUACUUGAGCAAGCGGAAUCAGUCAAAGGAAAUGCACAGAAAGCUUCUUCAGCUGGUUGAUCACUACAACCUGGUGAACAAUACAAGCAGGUUGCUCAGGUAUGCUGACUUCGAUGAAGGAUUUGAACAGGGUACAUCAGGCGGUACAACGACGGGAACAGUCUACUUGCAUGAAACCCAAUGUGACCGUUCAACUGAAGUGGCUGAAAAUGAAAACUCGAAGAUGGCUGAAUGCUUCAAUAAUCUGACUGGGAAUGUGGUGACGUGCCAGGUAACUACGGACGAAGAAAACAAAGAUGCAACGAGGCUAAACAACUGUGUCCGGAACAGCACCGUAAUGAGAGGUUUGUGGCGAUCUACCAAACCACAAUCAAAGCCAAGGCACAAAUGCUUUCCCAUAACCGAGCAGUGGAAGUUUGAUGAGGAGGACCCAAGUCAAGACAUCCAAAUGUUGUCCCACGUUGGCCGAUCGAAUAUCCGUGCUGUUGACCCGGAUGAACUACAAAAGAGUCCCUUCAAGGAAAUACUUCAAGAUACUGUCACGGAGUACAACAAGAGAGUUAAUGAGGCGUUCAUGUACUCUCUACACCGUUUGGAUAAUGUGAAAAUCGAGAUUGAACCGAAAAUGGUCCUCUCUUUCUCAAUGACCGUGCAGUUGACAAACUGCCAUAAAACCGAUGAGCUGGUUGACAACGUUAUGAAAUUUCAGGAGCAGUGUCGCGAACCUGCGAAACCGCCUAAAUUACAACUGUGUCACGUUGUCGUGACUGGUGGAUUCGCGACCGACGAAGACAAUCGAAGCUAUUCCUUUCAAGGUUGCAGGUCAACCAAGCCAAGCAGUCGGUUGAGAGUGGGCCAUCCGCGUCACAUGGAUCCCAAAGAGAGAGAAAGUGAAGAAUUCAAGCGGCUCGUUGAGCGAGUUGUCUCGUAUUACAACAAUCGCAGCGAUUCGAACCAUGUGUACUCAGCGGAAGAUGUUCGGAACACAAGCAGCCAAAUUGUGAGCGGCAGGCGAAUCACCAUGACUAUUACAAUGAAAGCGAUCGGAUGCAAGGAAACACUUUCAGCUUGUCUACUCGACGAUAAAGAGGUUUAUCGGUAUUGUGAAGUGAGAGUUAUACAACAGCCUUGGGUGUCCCUGGAGAUGAUAGACGUGACCAACUGUUGGGAAAGGACCAAGAUGAUGAAAGAAAUAGAAGGAACUUGGGAAAUUCCGUCCCCGGAUUACAUGAGUCGACCGGAAGUGCAGAGCAUGAUUAACACCGCCGUGGCCCAACAUAACAAGCUGUUCAACGAUAGCAACAUUACCACAUUGGACUAUAUAACCGAAUUUCAAAAGCUGAAGGUAGGAGAAAAGCAGAUGUACACUUUCAUUCUGCACCUCAAGGGAGGGACACAGGACAGAGACAUUCGAGUAUGUAAUGUGUUACACAUGGGCCCGAGUGAAGGAAACGAAGGUCAAGUAUUUGUGACCAAUUGUUCACAGAAGCAAAUGAAGCCGGUUAAAAUGUUGGUCGGAAAACCCAGACUUCUAACAGAUGAUGAACGCGAUACGGAAGAGUUCCUUGAGCUAACUAACCGGGUUACUAGUAAAUUCAACCAAUUGACGGAGGACACCCAUUACCAUCGUCUUGUGCAUAUCGUUAAUGCAACUGUACAGGUGGUAGCAGGAAAGUUGACGGUACUUCAUAUUCAUUUGCAACGAACGAAGUGCAACAAAACGCAGUCUACUCGACUGUUUGACACCGUGCAUGACUACGAGUGCGGGAUACCAAACCAAACGCACGUACUUGCUUGCAGAGCACGUGUUUGGAGUAAACCUUGGGAAGAUUUCGAAGAAAUAACAGUAGAGGGAUGUCAAGAAAUUCCGCUCAAGACACCUAUUUAUGUGCAAACAAAACAACUUGACUUCAUGCCAACAAGAUAUUUCAAGCAUCUGAUGAGACGUGCUGAACACGUGUUCAAUUUAGCAUCAGAUCAAAUGGUAUUCUUUGAGACGCAUCUAGUUGAAAAUUUUGAAUUCAAGCAUUCUGGAAAUCGUGAAUACAAAUUUACGCACAUACUAAAGCCAACAAGAUGCGUAAAAUGGACAGGGGCAGCAUACUUUUUUGGAGGACAGGCUGAUGUUUGCCUGGGACUCGGCGCUCCGAUUGUGGCUAGCUGUGAAACUUCAGUAAAGAGAAAAGGAAAUACGAAAGCCUCUGAAGACCUGAUAAUGAAAAAUUGCCAGUAUUUUCGUAUUGGCGAAUUCAUUCCCCGCCGAGCGAUGACUGCGCCAGAGCGUGUCAGUGCGGAGUUCACGGCCAUCGUGGAUAGGUCCGUGAACAUAUUCAAUACGAGAACAUAUAGCGUCAACUGGCAUACGCUCUUCAACAUUGAACAUCCAACUGUUGAGUACAUUGCAGGAAAGCAAAUAGCCUUCACGUUGUUCUUGCUGCCUACCUUAUGUCGUUCACCGACGAUAAUGAAAGAAACCGAAGUCAGCGACGUAAUUUCUUGCAAUAGCACAACUCUUCGAUAUGUUGCUGCAUGCAAGGUACGCUACUGGACGAGACCAUGGAGCAAAGAGCAUGAGACGAUCGAUGUGAACGAUUGUGUCAUAGUACCAGUUGAAAAUGUAUCGCUGUCAAACGGCUCCACAGUCAUGCAGCCUGGGGAAAGCAGCUACUUGAUGGAGUGCCUACAAAGCUUGCAACCGAAACUACGGGAUACAUUUGGCAUGGAGCGCUCUAUGUACUUUGACUUCGGGAGCACAUAUAUGGACAAUAUAGAGCAGCAAACAGUGGCCGGAAAACGAUUUAUUUUCGACCUAUUUCUCAAACCUAAGGCUGAAUCGACAAAUUGUUCAUUAGCUGUUUCAAGUUCAAAGCCCUGUCCCAAGGAAAUUUCGUUCUAUCAUUGUAAAGCAAGCAUCUGGCUGAGACCUUGGCAAGAAACUGUGACAUACGAUCUCGUAAACUGCGUCAUUAUCGUCGCAAAAAUCAAUGGCACAUCCGCAGAAACAACUUUGCUCUCUGGAAGCGAGUAUGACGAAGAAUUAGAAGAAAUAGCACAAAGGGCUGUCCACCUGUACAACAAUAACUCAUCCGGAGGCACAAGUUUUGGCCUUGUUGACUUGAGCAAUGUGGUUCACCAAAUGCACUUUGGUAUUAAAACCACUUUUAAUUUGAAAAUGAAACCAAUUGACUGCAGCCAAAAGGAUGUUCCUGACGGAUGUCACGCUGACGAAACACAACCGUCUGUUCGCUGUCUAGUAACCAACUGGCACAGACCGUGGAUGCUUGGUAUGAAACGACUUAUACUGAGUGACUGUCAAGUACACAGCGGACCGGAAAGUUCGUUCGGAGUCCGACCGCUUUCUUCGCAAGAGCGCAACAGUGCACAGUUCCAGGAGAUGCUUGGGAAACUUGUGAGGAUGUACAAACCCUCCGUCCCCAUCUUAUAUGAUGUGGAUACAAUCGAGGACGCACAGGUGGAACUGAACGAACAGUUUCGUAAUGUUUCGUUUACUUUGGGCUUAAAGCCCAGUGGAUGCAAUGACACAUUGCCAAAUGCCGAUAGUUUGGCCUGCAAGAAGUGGCAGCAACAAGACAUCGUGAAUUGCAACGCAUAUAUUGUUGAACGGCCACCUUUUGGCCAAUCCAUACAGCUUUAUCUGAGAAACUGUCACAUCCGUUGGGUGCCACAGUCACGUAGGCUGAUAUCUAGUGAAGAGAAAAUGGAACCACGGUUUCAGAACAGUGUGGAUGCAGCGUGGAACAUAUAUGCAAAGAUCAAUCCGGAUAACGAAUUGUAUGCCGUAUCCGACAUAACGGAUGCUACCAUUGAGCGAAAUGAGGAGGAAAUUACACUAUACUCAAUCGAGUUCACCCGAACUGAUUGCCUAAAGGGUAAAGACGAGCACAAGUUCAGUUAUGGAGCAACAAAAGACUGUCACUUUUCAGUCCCGACGACUAAAGCAACUUGUUCAGUGAAAAGCACCCGUUAUACCGAUGGCAGACAAGAAGUCGUAUUGCAGUGCUGACGGAAAACAUAACCAAAGCAAAUAAAGUCUGAUCCCCACGAUUUGGUCACUAUUUCUAUGGCGAAUAUGAGGCACUGGUUUAGACCUGGUCCCCUUAUUUCCCCUUUCUGUAAAGCAGUAUGUUAGUUGAUCGCACAGUCAUGGAUCGAAUACUGAUCAACACCCUACCGGAGUCUUUAUUUAGUUUGAAUGAAAGCGUAAGCCAUGUUUCCUCACAU